AUGUUUUAUUCAAAGCUUCCCGCAGGCCUAAAGUCCAUCGCCUCGAGGAGAUAUGCCACAGUUCGCGAUCAGCAGAAUAGCUCCCGGACGGGCGAAAAGUACGACCAUAUACUUACAUCAUGGCCUAAUGGGUCCCACAUAACCCCUUACGAUAUCCUGGAGCAACCAAAGGAUCAACUAUACAAUAAGCGACGAUUCUAUCAACUUGUCAUGGUAUACCAUCCGGACAGGUGGCAAUACACAUCCUAUCAUGGUGUUUCGAAAGCGGCCAGGGUAGAGCGCUAUCGUCUCAUUAUAGAAGCAGACAAAAUAUUGUCCAAUCCCGUCAAAAGGAAAGCAUAUGAUGAGCGAGGCGUUGGAUGGGGGCUUGGCUCACCUGCGGACCACGGUUCAAACAGGACAGGAUUCCGAGAACACGAGUCCCACCAUAAAGCUCACAUGUAUCGCCACCAGCAAGGACAUGAUGCAAAAAGGAAUGCAACUUGGGAAGACUGGGAACAGUGGCGGGACCCAAGAAAGAGAUAUGAAUCGAGUCAACGACAAGCUGUCAUCAUUUGUAACAGGAGCUUUGGUCUUGUCCUCUUGUUGCUUGCAAUGAUUGGGGGCUGCGGUCAGCUGGCACGGAUGGAUCACUUGACAACGGAAAUCGCUCGGCAACGCGACCGAAACCACGGAGAUCUUUGUGACCAGCUCCUGGAGGCUGAAAGUAGGCGAGCCAUUGCAAAUCGAGCAGAACUCGUGCAGGCCUUCUUGGUCCGACGAGCAGCAGCAAGCUUUGAUGGACAAUGA